AUGGGCCUCUUACAGAAGAUUGUUCGCAAUGAAGCGACGAGGAACGACCCUCCCGAGAUAUACAAUGCCCGGGUCAUUCUCAUCAGCUUAGUGGCUUGCGGCGGUGCCCUCCUAUUCGGUAUGGAUAUGGGUAUUAUCGGAGGUGUCUUGACCAUGGACACAUUCAAGAAGCAAUAUGGCCUCGAGAAUCAGCCCAAGACCGUCUUGGCAAACCUUGAGUCCAACAUCGUCUCCGUCAUCCAAGCCGGAGCGUUUGCGGGAGCCUUGUUCUCGACAUGGCUCGCCAACAGAGUUGGUCGACGAUUCUCUCUCAUCAUCGCUUCGAUACUCGUCUUCAUCGGUGUGGCACUUCAAGCCGCCGCUAGUGGUCAUAUCGAAGCCAUGUACGUAGGCAGACUUGUUGCCGGAAUCGCCAUUGGAAUUGCUUCAUCUGUCAACCCGCUUUACGUCUCCGAGAACGCACCGCGAGGUAUCAGAGGUCUCCUCACUGGGCUAUAUCAGCUCAGCAUUGUGACCGGGCUGACGCUUGCAUUCUGGAUCAACUAUGGCUCGCUCCUCCACAUCAAAGGCCAUACACAAUACAUCAUUCCACUCUCACUCCAAGCAUUCCCGGCCGUCAUCCUCUUCGUCGGCAUGCUUCUCGCUAAUGAAUCUCCCCGUUUCCUUGCCCAGCGAUCUCCCGACAAAGCCCUGGCGGUUCUCGCAAAGCUCCGAAAUCUACCGGCCGAUCAUCCAUACAUCCAACAAGAGAUGGAGGGCAUCUCCCGGCAACUCGAGGAAGAGAGGGCUCUCUCCCUCAACGCCAACCACUUCACGCUCCUGAAAGAGGCCUUCACUGUCAAGUCCUACCGCAGACGUAGCAUGCUGUGCAUUACUCUUAUGAUGUGGAGUAACCUCACAGGUACCAAUGCAAUGACAUACUACUCGAGUCGAAUUUUCGCCAGUGUUGGGUUGACGGGAUCAUCGACUGGACUCUUUGCGACUGGCGUAUAUGGCAUCGUCAAGAUGAUUGCUUGUACCGUCUUCAUUGUCUUCGUCACGGACUCUCUCGGCCGAAGGAAGAGUCUGCUUUGGACCGGGAUCGUUCAGGGCAUCGCUCUCUUCUACGUUGGCUUCUACAUCCGCUUCGACCCGCCCAUCGCCGGCGAGCCCGUCACCGCCCCGGGUUACGUCGCUCUGGUAGCUAUCUACAUCUUUGCUGCCACGUACCAGUUCGGAUGGGGCCCUGUCGUAUGGACCUACAGCUCCGAGAUCCCUCCAGCCCGUCUCCGCGCCGUGAUGAUGGGGAUGGCGACAGCAAGCCAGUGGCUCUUCAAUUUUGUUGUCGCUAAAGCCACACCAAGCAUGUUUGCCACGCUUGGUGAGGGCGGGUUUGGGACGUACUUUGUUUACGGCACCUUUUGCUUCAUCAUGGUGGUGUUUGCGUGGUUCUUCGUGCCCGAGACUGCCGGCCUUGCGUUGGAGAAGAUGGAUGAGCUCUUUGAAAAUGAAUCUUUGAAGGACAAGCUCAUCUGGAGAAAGAGGCCCCAACUGAGCUCCAGAGAUAGCACGAGUGAGGAAAGAGUGAUGGAUAAGAAGGAUGCAGAGCAUGUUGAAGUUGUUUGA